AUGACGCUCCUGCUCGUCCCAACUCUCCUCUCCUCACUGCUCCUGCUGCCAACGCUGCUGCUGACGCUCAUCGCCCUCACGCCUGUGCCGGCACAGGCGCAGCUCCCCACGGGCACAAACAUAGGACAGCAGAACAAUGUAACGAGCCUCCGCGGUACGUGGAGCUCGGGCUCGGGGAACGUCGUCACGGGUCUGCAAUUUUUCAACCCAGCCAACAACACGUUUACCUACCCCACCACCGCGGGGAUGUCCUACUCGUUCACCGACGAUUUUCAUUGGGAGCAGGCGCUGUACAUUUACCAGCCAAAGGCGGACAACCCGUACUGCGUGACUGCGCAGCUGAUCUGGCAGCACGGCACGUACAGCAUCAACGGGUCCAACUUCAUCAGCCUGCAGCCUUUCAAGGGCGACGGCAUGCAACAGAUCGCUAGCAGGUGCACGAAGACGAGCCAGAGCGUGCAGCCGUACAACCAGCCGGAACUCAUGUCCGGCUUUGAGAUCCACUUGGAUACGCACUACGGUCAGAGUGCGUACUACCUCAAGAUGUACGGUUUUGACGGCACGCCCAAGCCGCUCAUGUGGAAGGUGUACGACCCGCCCCAGAUGCUGCCGACCGUGCAACUCAAGGAACAGGUGCGGCGCAUCCUCCUUUUUAGCCCGUAG